AUGAAGAUGCUCGAGGACCUCACAAAGAGAGUUGAAUCGGGUGAAAAAAUGAUAGAAGCCAAUGACAAAAAGGUUGAGACCUACAACUCGAGGGUCGACCAGAUCUCGGGUGCACCCCCGAUCUUGAAAGGAGUUGAUUCGAAGAAAUUCGUACAAAAACUAUUCCCAACAAAUGCCGCUCCAAAGCCCAUCCCAAAGAAGUUCAGAAUGCCCGAUCUCCUGAAGUACAAUGGGACCCCGGACCCCAACGAGCACGUCACAUCUUACACUUGUACGGUAAAAGGCAAUGACCUGAAGGACGGCGAGAUCGAAUCCGUCCUGUUGAAGAAGUCAAGGGUUGUGGAACAACUCAGACUGCUCGACCAGAUCAUGCCCACCUCUCGAGUCCUCAAUGGAUUUAAUAUGGUGAGUGAGACAACCAAAGGGGAAAUUACCCUCCCAUUCAACGUGGAUGUAACAACACAAAAUGCCAAGUUUCAUGUCAUCGAAGGAGACAUGAGGUACAACAUAUUGCUCAGGAGGCCAUGGUUAUACUUCAUGAGAGCAGUACCAUCAACCCUUUAUCAAAUGAUGAAGUUUCUGACGAAAGAUGGGAUAAAAAUUGUGUACGGAGAACAUCAGGCAACAAGAGAGAUGUUCGCGGUGCACGACGUAGCACCGGCAUCGACACCAUCGACAUCAAAAAAGCCACAGGAUAAGCAAACGGUGAAAUAG